AUGCCGGCAGAUCGCUACACCCGAAAAGGGCGACAGGAGAUGCGUCGCAAGGAGGAGGCUUUGGCUAACGCACGCGCUCAGGGUCUCUCACAGAGCGCAAACUUUGGCGCACCACAACAAAACGCCUUCAGCUUCGGUGCCUCAGCGCCCGCCCCCGCGAACAACGGCGCGAACGGCUUCGGCGGCAACAAUGCUUUCGGCGGUGGCGCGACCAACAGCUUCCCACCUGCGCAGCCCGCUGCCCCUAGCAACACUUUCUCUAGCUCAUCCUUUCCAGCUUUCGGAGGAAGUAGCCAAGGCACAGGCUUCAACCCCACACCACCUUCAUCUGCGGGCUUCAACUUCACAGCUGGAGGUGCGAACCCAUUUGCGAACGCGAACUCGGCACCCGCGACCAACGGAAGCACCCCUGCGCCUGCAUUCGGCGGAUCAUCCAUGUUCGGAAAUAAUGCUCAGGCGCAGAGUAAUCCCUUCGGUAGCCUAGGUCAAAACAACACCACAAGCUCGGCACCGUCAGGCGGCAUGUUCGGUACUACCAGCUCAACUUCCUCGGGCGGAAUGUUUGGAACAUCCAACGCUGCGCCUUCAGGAGGUAUGUUCGGAACAUCGAGUACUGCACCGUCGGGAGGCAUGUUCGGGACAUCAAGCGCCGCACCUUCAGGCGGUAUGUUUGGGACAUCAAGUGCUGCGCCCUCAGGUGGUAUGUUUGGAACGUCGAGUGCUGCCCCCAGUGGCAUGUUUGGUACUACGAGCGGCGCCCCGAACGCUACGAGCACCUCUGCUCCCGCAUCUACACCUUUCACAUUCGGUGCCUCCACCACAUCAGCCUCGAGCACUGCAAGCACGCCGGCUACGAGCGGCAUGUUCAGCGGAUUUGGCAGCUCAGCACAACCGGCGGCGCCAUCCCAAACAAGCACAUUCACGUUCGGUGCCAAUACACAAAAGGAUGAGGCACCCAAGCAGUCGCCUGCGCCCUCAAACAACAUGUUUGGGGGCUUCGGUUCCAAUGCACAGAAAAGCGAGAACAACUCGGAGACUUCGAAGCAAAGCAAUCCUUUCGGAAACUUGGGCACAAGCACACAAGGCACACCAAGUGCUACCGCGACCGCUCCGGCAUCGAAUUUGUUCAAUUUCGGUGCAACUGCGCAGAAGCCUGACAGUGCGACAUCAACCGCACCCUCAACCAACCUUUUCGGGACCACAAGCUCAGCCCCUAGCAAUCCAUUUGCGAACCUUCCGACCACAGAAAACAAGUCUUCCACUGAAACGGGUUGGCGCGAUGCCACUGCACAGAAGCCAGUUGCGGAGGAGAAGGCAGCGGGUACAUCAUCGAACUUGUUUAGCAACCUCAAGAAACCUGAGGAGUCUGGCUCUGGCAGCACUGUGUCAGCAGACACCACCAAGUCAAACCCAUUCGCGGCGCUUCCAAAGCCAGCCAGCACACCUGCUACAACAGGUAGCAGUUCCAGUUUUAGCCUAUUCGGCGCCAAUAAGGAUACUGGUGCAGCAACAGUGAAAGCUCCCGAAGCACCAAAGUCUAGUUUAUUCCAGCCAUUCAGCACACCGCAGCCGGCGAAGACCACUGACGUGGAGAAAUCACAGGGCGGAAUGUUCACUGCGGCUCAACCUAAGACCACUUCUGGUCUCUUCUCACAGACGUUCCAGCCCGAGAGCAACAACUCCAGCAAUUUGUUCAAGAAGCCACAAUCAACAUCAGAAAUGCCCAAGGCUGCACCCGCACAGUCCACCACCAACGAGGCUUCCAAUCCCUUUGCGUCCUUGUCCAAACCUUCGACAGAUCGCCCCAACUUGUUCAGCGCUUCGGAGGAACCUUCGCAGCCAUCCCCCACGCCAGCCAUGUCAAAUCUCAACGGAGACUCACAAGCAUCUGAGAUGCCCAAGGUUCCCAAGGUGCACGUCCCGAAAGAAUGGGCUGUUCCAGGUGCCGUUCGCGCGCAAAGCAGCGAUGGCCUACUCAAGCAAAUAUCUGAUUUGACCGCUCAACUUCAGGUGUUGAACGACAAGUACCGACAGCAGCUGGGCAGCCUUCCUCUCACGGCGGAUUGGUCAAGCGUGUCGCUUUGGCACUACCAACAUGCCUCGGACAUUAAGAAGAAGAUUGACAACGCGAAGAAGCAACGUGCAGCUGGACGAGGCAUCACCGGGAAUGAAUCGAGCCUGUCCACCAAGCGGAAGGUCAGCGAUGAAAGCCCCGAAGUCCGUCGUGACCCAUCGCCCUCCAAGCGAGCUCGUGCGACCGAAGCACCUGCUAGUCCCACUCCUCAGCUAUCGGAUUCUACGCCGAAGCUUAAUGCCCCGGCAACGGCAACAUCCAACAUGUUUGCAAAGGCAAUCGGUAACAAGCCCUCUACACCUGCGGCAACAUCAUCGACAAGUCUCUUUGCGCCAAAGACGGCUGAGAAGCCCGCCACGGAACCCUCGAAACCAGCUGCACCAACUACAGGUUUCGUCUUCACACCCUCAGCGCCGACUACCAACGGUUCAGAUACCUCCUCCGGCUUCAAGCCAAGCUUUGGUGGUAGCUCCACAAGUACAUCGGCCUCUACUGGAUUCAAGCCAACCUUCGGUGGUAGUUCGAUUAGCACAUCGGGCUCCGCUGGCUUCAAGCCAAACUUUGGUAGUGCUCCGGCAGGCGGCUUCAUGGCCCAGUUCACCAAGACCGCGAAGACGUAUGAGGAGCUGGCCGCGGAACGCAAGAAGAAGGCUAUGGAUGAGGACUAUGAUUCCGAUGAUGAGACCAAGGAGGAAUGGUCUGCGAGGUACGACAAGGCUGAGGCUGAGCGCCUCGCCAAGGAGAAGGAGAUUGCUGCUUCGACUAAGUUCGUCCUACCCGGUGCCGAAUCAUCUGGUAGUACUUCGCCUAAAGAUAACCCGUUCUCUGGCCUUUUGAAGCCCAAUAGUGGUGCGUCCACUUCUAAAGCUGCCAGUCCUGCCCCAUCCACAGGUAGUCAAUCGGUUUUUGAUGCUACCGCCUCUCAAACAUCAUCGCCCAACAUAUUCGGCCACCUGUCAGGACCAUCCUCCAACAACCAAGAAGAGUCCGACGAAGACGAUGGCGAGCAACAGGCGACUGUGGGUUCAGUAGAACCAGCCACACCUCCUACGAAUCGCGCGUUCGGCGGAUCGGAAACAGAGUCUGAAGACACCCAGAAGCAAGAUACGGCCCCCAAGGGCAGCUUACUCUCAAGGAUGACCAAGGACACUGACUCCGAAUCAGAGAGGGAGAACAGUGGCGCUUCUCCUAUGUUCGGCCAGACUAAUGGUACUACCACCCCCGCCAACAAGCCCUUCCAGUUCUUUGACUUUGGUGCUGCAUCCAAGACUGCGCCGCCGAAGUCCGAUACAUUUGCCGGUGAUCAGACCUUCAAGGUCGGUACUCCGAUUAAGUUCGGCCAAGCUCCCGCUACCGAGAAGAAGGACGCUCCAAAGUUGAACGUCUAUUUCCAGCCUGCCACCCCUGCAGCGGGUGAGUUCUCAACCACACCUGCGAAACCACCGCCCGCCUCGAUCUUCAACUUUGCUCCAUCAACAGGUGGAUCAUCGCUCUUUGCGCCAUCAGGUGGCAACUCUGUGACCUCGUCCGUGUUUUCUUCGCGCGCUGGCACGCCUCUAUCUGAAGCCGGCGAGACCAGUGCAGCGUCUGCAGCAGAGGAUGAUGAAGAAGGUGGCAAGCAAGAACAGAUCGACUUGACUAAACUGACUGAAGACGAGCUUGACACCUACGACAUUGUCUUCCACACUGAAGUCGUACUGGCCAAGCAUCAAGAGGGAGAAAAGGGCUGGACAAAUAUCGCAAAGGGCCCCCUCUGGAUCCUCAAGGACAAGCAGACGGGCAAGUGCUCUGUGCGCGUUCGUAUCCCGAGCGGUGCUACACCGCUCAACUACCAAAUUCUACCUGCGCUGCCAGCCACUGUUACUGGCGGUAGCAAGAAGAUGGUCAUGGCGACCAAGCCUGCCAAGGAAGGCGGGCUGCAGUCCGUUCUCUAUGCUGUCAAGACGCCGGAGAUCGCCCAAGAAUUGGCAGCGAAGUACACAGAGUCGGUGCCUAAAUCACAGUAA